GAUACCAUGCAGGGAGUGUCGUUGAUUCAAUCGCGUUUUGCCGUCGCUCUGUUGUCAGCUGUCGUGAUUAUUCAACUAUUUCUCCUACUGGGAAACCGAGACGCUAUAAUACCCGAACGGGCAUGGCCAGGUUCACACCCACGGAAGCAAACCGAUACGAGCUCAUCCCCGCCGUCAACCAACACCACAUCUCCUCCUCCUCCUUCUUCCCCAUGGACCUUCAACUCUACUCGGGAUGCUCGAAAUCCCGCCUUGACAUACGAACAAUGCACUGUCGCGUUUCCGAAACUGUACCAUGAAAUCGAAAGAAGUGCUACCUACUGGAAGCAUACUCGCAAUCAUUCCAUCAGCGCGAAAGAUGUGAACAUCACCUGGACAGGCAAGGGAGGCUUACGCGUAUUGAUAUAUGAGAACGAACUGCGGAUCUUAGAAACACGAGAUAUACAUCAUUUUAGAGACGGCCAUGAUGCGCGACGGGCGAUUUUCGUACUCAGUCAGAUCCAUCGUGCGUUGUUGGGAGCGACGGCUCGAGGCGAACAGGUCCCCAACAUUGAAUUUGCGAUUGCUGUAAAUGACUAUGCGCAUCUGCCGGAUGAGCGUGGGGAUAGCCAUGCGGUGUGGACGUUUGAUCGGAGGAUUGCGAGUGACAAGGAUGAACGGAUGUGGUUGAUGCCGGAUUUCAAUUUCUGGGCGUGGAAACCUACGGGGAGUGCGUAUGAGGAUGCGAGGAGACGUGCGAUGACACACGACAGUGCUGUGAAGGAGAAGAUUCCGAAGAUUGUGUGGAGGGGCAACCGACAUAUCAAUCCUGAAGUGAGAAAGGCGUUGAUCGAGACUGGCAAGGGAAAGGAGUGGGCAGAUGUGGAAGGAGGCUGGCUUGAUAUUGCCGACUUUUGUCGGUAUCUGUUUGCGGUGUAUACGGAAGGACACAGUUGGUCCGGUCGGUUGAAGUAUCUGCUGAACUGCGACACAGUAGCCAUCGUACACGAGCUGGAGUUUACAACCUCCUUCUAUCACCUGCUGAAUCCUUCCGGUCCGGACCAGAACUACAUUCAAGUGAAGCGCGACUGGUCUGAUCUGGAAGAGAAGGUGAAAUACCAUCUGGAACGACCAGAACACACUCAGAGGAUCAUUCAGAACUCCAUCAAGACGUUUCGCGAGCGGUAUACCACACCUGCCGCGGAGGCAUGCUAUUGGCGGCGCAUGUUUCGUGCAUACAGAGAGGUCGCUUUUGAGCCAGAUGCAUUCGAGGAAAAGACAAUCAAUACCUUUGGCAGCACGGAGACUGUGCGGCAUUUGCGAGGUACACCGUACGAACUUUUCAUCGGCAUCGAUAGACCUUGAGACUUUAGUCAAGUGGCUCAGGCUGAGCUGAAGUCUGAAGUGGGCCUUUGCAUUCACCAAGACCCAAGGUUCCGUACCGAGCUGCCAUCUUGGCCACAGGUACUUAAUAUUUGUCGCGUCGACAAAUGCUUCAAGAGUCCUCCUCAUACCUUACCUUUUCAUCCAGCAUCAUGGCAACGUACGAUCUCGACGCAAUCUAUCGAUUUCUGGAGAUGUCCGAGGGCAAUCUCACGAAUGAGCAGGACGGAGCUUUCGCGAACUGUGUCCGGUCACCACUUGCUGCUCCCCAUCCCCACGGCAGACCGAGUCCCUCUGAACCCGAGCACGUCUUAUUGAGCGAUGCAGACAUCCUCCAUCCAUUCCCGCCCCGGCCUCCGCCCUCUCAAUUCAUGAGUCUCCCGGAUGAGCUGCGGGACAAAAUCUACGAGCUUCUAGGCUCAGAUCACAGCCCAUGUCCGACUGUCGAGUUCAGAUCUCGGAGAAACAGCGAAAGCAUAUCCCUUGUUCAUCCUAGCGAGCAAGGCGUCGUGCUUGGUGUGAGCGAGGGACCAAGCCUCGAUCUCUUGCUAGUAUCACACGAGUUCAGCGAAAAGUAUGCCGCACGCAUCCGAACCCGAGCGACCUGGACGUUCAGCGAUACCUACCAUCGCAUCCCAACUUCUGUGGAGCUGAACGCUACCCAGUAUCCCUCCCAGAUCCAGGCCGCACAUUUUCAGCUCUUGUCGGGCUGUGCGUUUUGUGGUGAAUUAGAGAUACAUGGUCCCCGGGCGGCAACGGUAGCGAGGAGACCGUGGAUGGCAGAUUGCGAAAUCGAGCAAGAGAUUGGAGAGCAUAUGGCAUGGAUCACGACUGCUCUGCGCGACAGCUUCACAUAUGUCAAACGCUACACGAUCGAAUUCAUCCUCUACGAUCUGGAUCCCACAUGUGGCUGGCCUUUGCAAACGGGCAACAGCAACCUCAUGGUGGCGCUCGAGCUCAUGGUAGAGAAAACCCCCCGAGAAGAUUGCGAAUUGCGCGAACUUACCGUUGCGCUCGCGCACCGGAAGGAACAAAGUCAUGCGCGGAAAGUCCAUGGCGUAUCGGAUCUGACUCCUCCCAUUCCCGUGGGGAAGUGGACUAAAGAGCACGCGUGGCAGGCUGUCGAACGUUCUGAAGUAGUGUUACAGGAGGAAGAGAGAGAAGAUGAAGAAAGAAGGAUCCCCAGCUCCUCUUCCUCCGCCGCCGCCGAAGAAGCAGAAGACACUAUUGCCAUGACAGAAGAAGAAGAAGAAGAGUAGCACAUGCUUCUGCCUACUACUACUGUGACAA